CUGUUGGUAGUAAUAGCGGAUCAGAUAUCAAACUUCUGUCUUUCCUAAAGACCCUUUAGGGAUAGUCUGCUCCCCGCUAGACUAUGACAUCAGUCAGGACACCCGGUGAUGUUGCUGAUAGUAAACUCUGAGAAAGGAGGGGAGGGUGGGAUAGAAAGGAGGGGUCUGCUAGCUAAAAGUUAAUUAGCCCAACACAGUGCAAGGGCAUACAGUAGGCUUUCGCGGAGGGUCAGUGCUGGAUGGGACCAAACCUUUCCUGAGUUACACUUCUGCUGCUUUCUGCAAUCACCUAGACUCCGAGGGAGGGCUAGAUGAGUUGUGAUUCAUUGGUCGUGAUCAGCUUCUCUUCUUGGAGCCAGUUAAUGGUUUGAGCGUUGAGGGGCUUUCUGGCACUGGGAAUUAUCACAAGGCAUCACCAUGACACUUCUGGGGUCUGAGCAUUCUAUGCUGAUUCGGAGCAAAUUCAGAUCAGUUUUACAGUUGCGGCUGCAGCAGCGAAGAAGCCGAGAGCAGCUCGCCAACCAGGGAAUCAUGCCACCGCUGAAAAACCCCUCUCCCUUCCAUGAGCAAAAGAAGAGCUUGGAGAGAGCCAAGACUGAAGAUUAUUUAAAGCACAAGACCCGAAACAGACCUGAGCGCUCAGAACUGGUUGAUAUGCACAUUUUACAGGAUUCAACCACAGAAGGGUCUGUCCAGGCUACUCAGAUGAAACUGAAAAGAGCCCGUCUUGCAGACAAUCUAAAUGAGAAAAUUGCUCUUAGGCCAGGUCCUCUGGAGCUGGUGGAGAAGAAUAUCAUUCCUGUUGACUCAGCUGUGAAAGAAGCCAUCAAAGGUAACCAAGCAAACUUCUCUAAAUCCUCAGAUGCUUUUGCUUUUGAAGAAGAUAGUAGCAAUGAUGGGCUGUCCCCAGAGCAGAUCAGAAGCGAAGAUUCCCAGGGAUCCACAGAAUCAGCAGCCGGAAUCAAAAUUUCAGAAGCAACGUUACCCACAAUGUCAGGGACAACUCAGGAUCAUUCCGUUGGCUCUGAAAAUGAUACGGCUGAUAUGACAUCUCUGAGGAAUGGCCAGCCAGAAAGUCCUAAACAACAGAAUGGGCAACAAACACCUCCUGGCACUGUUACCACAUCUGCAAAGUCAAAACCAUUGAGCGAUAGCAAGAAUCGCCACAAAAAGCCCAAGGAGAUGAAGCCAAAAGUGAAGAAGCUUAAGUACCACCAGUACAUUCCCCCAGACCAGAAGGCGGAAAAGUCCCCUCCGCCCAUGGACUCGGCCUAUGCAAGGCUCCUGCAGCAGCAGCAGCUCUUCCUGCAGCUCCAGAUCCUCAGCCAGCAGCAGCAGCACCGGCACCAGCAGCACUUCAACUAUCCGGGGCCCCAUUCCAUGCAGCUGAAGCAACCCAAUGAGCAAAUGGCCAAAACCUCAAACUCUUCCCCAUCGACAGUUGCCAACAGCCCUCUUUCCCCUGGGAAGGGAAGCUUUUCAGGGCAAUCCUGCAUUUCGUCUCUCAAGCCAGGUCCUCUCCCAUCCAACCUGGAUGAUUUAAAAGUGUCGGAGCUGAGGCAGCAGCUCCGAAUAAGGGGCCUCCCUGUAUCAGGUACGAAAACGGCCUUGAUGGAACGCCUGCGGCCCUUCCAGGAGUGCAGCGGGGGUUCUGUGCCCAGCUUCAAUGAGAUAACCACCGUCACCUUCCCAGUGACACCAACCAACUCUCUCUCCAGCUACCAGUCGCAGUCUUCGGCCAGCCUGCUGUCCAAUGGCUUUUACCACUUUGGCAGCACCAGCUCUACUCCCCCCAUCUCCCCAGCUUCCUCAGACCUGUCGGUGAAUGGCUCCUUGCCAGACAGUUUCAACGAAGGACCAAUGUCUUCCCCCCAUUUUGUCCUGCACCCUUCCCCUGUGCAAGGCGGCUGUGAAGAAAGCCUGAUGGGAAGCAUGAACGGCGCUGGCAUCCAGCUCGACGUGGAAAGGGUUGACACAGAGAAAGACAAGAUGCUGGUGGAAAAGCAGAAGGUCAUCAAUGAGCUGACCUGGAAACUGCAGCAAGAGCAGAGGCAAGUGGAAGAGCUGAGGAUGCAGCUGCAGAAGCGCAAAAGGAGCCACGGCUUGGACGAGAAGCAGCCCUCUCCACACUUCUUCGGCUUUCCGAUCAAGCAAGAAAACCCAGCGUCCAGUUGUCCCUUUGCCUCUAAGCAAGCUCCCUUGAAAGGCCAGGCUAGCAACUCGGACACACUGAGAAACUGUGGGACACCUCAGCUGCCCCAUCUUGUAAAUAGCCAUUGCAUGGAACCGUCAGGACAGAGCGGCAUACUGUCCUCCACAUUCCUAAGCCCACAGUGCUCUCCCCAGCAUUCUCCACUAGAGGCAGCAAAGAGUCCGCAACACAUCAGCCUUCCACCCUCACCAAACAGCCAUUACCUCCUCUCUGUGUCCCCCAGCACUCAGGGAGAAGGACGCAGCAGCUCUCCACAGCCCAGCAGCCAUCUUCGCACAGCUCCAGUGCCAGCACAAGGUAGUCAGAAGUAUUCCAUUCUGUCUCCUGGCUUUUGCAAGUCAAAUGCUGCCCUCCCAGAUGGAAAGCAGCCACCACCCUACGCUGAUGCUGUGAAACAGCAGAUGACCCGAAGCCAGCAAAUGGAUGAACUGUUGGAUGUGCUUAUUGAAACUGGAGAAAUGCCUGCAAAUGCCAAAGAGGACCGCCCUUGCCUUCAGAAGGUGCCUCAGAUAACAGUGUCUUCAGGGACCUCCGGCACUUCCUCGCUACUGAAGACAUCUGCUUCAUUUGAGCAAGGCCCCUCAGGUCAGCUGUCCUUUGAACACUGCCCUAGCAGCAACGACAGUCAUCUGGAAAUCUUGUUAAAUUCCCACAGCCCUCUGGGGCGGUCGAGUGAAAUCACCCUACUGAAAGUGGGUGAAGAACCACACUUUGAAGGGGUGAUGGAAGGAUUUUCCAACAAAGCUGCCGAUGAACUGCUGACACCCCACGAGAUCCUGCCCACUCCCCUGUCGCCCAUGGAGACCCAGCUGUCUCCCUCUUCUGGAGAAGGAACUGGUUUGCACAUGAGCUUCACAGAGUCUCCUUGGGAAACAAUGGAAUGGCUGGACCUCACUCCGCCUAGCUCAGCCAAUGGUUUCGGUUCCCUCACCACCACUGGGCCCAGCAUCUUCAACAUUGAUUUCUUAGAUGUUAGUGAUCUCAACUUGAACAGUACCAUGGACCUGCAUUUACAACAGUGGUGAACAGAAUAAGCCUUAUGUGUGGGGAUGCAGCUAAACACAAACAGAUUUCCAUUAAAGAGACUCAGAUACUUUAUCAGAGAGCUCUGGUGACAGCCAGGGAGAAGAAACUGGAGUCAGUUUUCCCAGGACAUUCCCCUCCCCUAUUACAAAUGAAAUUGCCAGAUAAUCUCCCACACACCACAAAGCAAAUCUCUGGCGCAGGAGUCUCCUCCUCAGCAAGCACAGCUAACUUUAGUAGCUUCCAGACCUCUUCCAAGAAAGACUCACUCUGCAGCAGAAUUAUGUUUGGUAUGCACAUCCAUUUCAUCCCUAACAUAUCUAUCAUCCGGAUCAGGUUCUGCUAUAUUGUCUCUUAUUGCCUACUGUGGAAAAAAAUUUGGUUCACUUACAGCUUCCAUCACAUUGCAUGGCAGCCACUGCCUUUCCUCCUGAUUAUAUACAUGAAGACUUAAAAAAAAAGUCAGCUCACGAAGAAGCCAUUGUCACACCAGUAACCUCCAAGCCAUCCUUUCACUAAACACUUCUCUCUCUCUGCCCUGUCUUACCAAUUUUAAAGGCACUUGAAAUAGAAGUAAAGCAAUCUGACUUGUUUAUGUGGUGGGCACUCAGCUUGGAAAGAACAUGGAGUAAUAUAAAAAGCAAGUACAUAAAUGAAGGAUUUUUAAUUGACUAGAAGUUUGGGGUGACUUCUAUCAAUUUUCUGUUUCAGGGUACAUUCCUCCUUUCAUAAGUACUUUGCUCAUUUCUUAAUUAAAUUAAAAAUAUAAACAUGUAUAAUUUGAUAUAGAUAUAGAUAAAUCUAUAGCAUUUCAAACCCACUAUUAAAACCAACCAUAUUCUUAUAUAUAAAUAUCUGUGUGUAUCAGAUUGUCAUGAAUAAAUUUACAACAAGCAAUAAAGUAAUCGUAACUUAUAAAAAUGGAAAGGAUUACCAAUUUAAAUUCUGUUUCAAAUUCCAAAAACACUUUGAAGGACUCACAUGCCUCCUCAUAUACUAAAUAAUUUAUUCAGUUUAAUAAACAGGCAGUCUUAAAUAAAUUGAUAAUAUUGAAUAAUAUGUUGCCCAGAGCUGAUCUGAAAAAGUGACAAAGUUUAACAAGUGAAGGUUGCAAAUCUACGACUAAGUCUACCACGGUGGAAGAAACUGGGCAACUUACCCCUUGUAGCCUGAACCUAUGGCCUUUGUCUGUCUUUAAAUUAAGAUAUUGCCAGAUCUAAGUCCGUCAGUGAUGGUACAGAAUGCAGUCUGGGUUUUCUCUGCAUGUCACAACAGAUCUGUAUGCAGUAUCAUACAUGACCAUCAAGCUGCUGCUAGAAUGCUCACACCUGUUACUGCACAGGGCAGACCCCAAAAAGGAGGCUGCCAGGUUUUCAUCUAGGGCAAGGUCAGGCUAGCUGGUACAAGGCAGGACCACGGCAGGCCCAGCUACGCAGCAACCAUUUCCCAGCCCAAAGGCUUCAUACCAAGCACCAGAUACUCAUUAUGUUCCUAACCAUCGCUUUCCUGAGGGCAGACCAGAAUAUUGCAAUGUUUCACUCAAAUAUGUUGCCUCCUUAAAAAAAGAUGCAAAUGCUGCCUGCCUGGGAGGGUACCUUUGUUCACAUGUGGGUAGGCUUCACCCAGGUGAUGACUCCACAGCUAUAUAUACAAAACAAAGUCUGGGUUAUGAGCAAAGCACUAUGUUGUGAGAUAUCUACCCUUCAUUCGUUUUAACUGUAGUUCUCCCUUUAUACCACAAAGUGAGGGCCCAGCCCUCAGCCACAAUUCCAAACUAUACUCAGAUCCACUUGAGCAACAGAUCCUCACUACACCGCUGAAUGUCCACAGUAACAACUGAAUGUUAUAAUUUACCUAUACAGUGGUACCUCUAGAUACGAACUGGAUCCGUUCCGGAGCCCCGUUUGCAUCUAGAAGCAAACAUAACUAGCAACGGCAUGUCGCACACACGCGUCACUUUCGCCGCUUCUGCGCAUGCGCGUGACAUCAUUUUGAGCGUUUGCACAUUCACAAGCAGCGAAACCCGGAAGUAAUGCACUCUGUUACUUCUGGGUUGCCACGGAGCGCAACUCGAACGCACUCAACCCGAAGCGCAUUCGACCCGAGGUAUGACUGUAAAUGAUUAUUAGUAAUUUCCUUAAUGCCCAGUGAGCUUACUGUUUGUUUCCUUGCACAUACCUUCUUAUCUUUCAUUCUAGCAAGUUCAAAACCCUUUACAUUCCCCUCAGUUUUACUUUUGCCAGUAGACCAAAUCCUGAGUGGUUGGGCAUAGGAAGCAGAUAGUUGACUUUGGUGAGAGGAGCUGGGGGCCAGAUCUUGAGUCUAGUUAUGAGACUGACAAAAGAAAUGUAGAAGCAAAAGUCCAAACGGCACUUAAAUUGUAUCCUACUUGGCUCAAAGCUAGGUGGUAGUUUAAAACAAAUUACACUACUGUAUCUACAGUGAUGGAAAGCGUAUUUUAACUAAACCGGUCCCUAUAUGUCAGGAUUUAUUAUUAUUUUUAAAAAACAAAAUAACUUCUGCUUCCUGUUGCAACCAAAUCUGAAAAUGGCAGCUGUAGUCAAAGGUGCAUCACGCUGCAAAAUACUAGUUAAGCAGGUGAAUAAGCCUUUAAAACAAUAGUUUGCUAUGACGUUUAUGGCCCUUGCCGGUGCUGUAAAUACAGCUUAAGCAGGUGGUGAGACAUAUGUUGAAAGGGGAGGGCAGGUACUUAUAUAGGUACUUCCAAAUUGGCAACUCUUAGUUGUGCACAAUCAUUACUCUCCAUAAAGUCUUUUCCAUACAGAAAAACUUUCCACUCUCAGAGUUGAGGAUAUAGUACUUGUUUUAUGUGUAAUCUGCACUACUAGACAUGACAUAGGCAUGAAAGUGGGAAAGGGACCAUUCUGAACAAGCCAAAUAAUUUCUUUAAUUUACAACAAACCACUUUUUAAAAGUUCUAUUAUAUGAUUUGUUUUUAUGGCUUCUUUAAAAAGACAGCACUUUUUAAAUGAAGAUAAUGGUAAGAAAACAACAAUUUUAAAAGCAAUUUCAAUUCUUAAAAUUUGAGUUAAAUUGUUUUUCAUUUAAGUACAAUUGUGUGAUUAUUUCAAUUCUAAUAAAUAGGCAAAAGUGUUCUAGCACAAAUAAAAAGAUGCGUUAAAAAGCCAUACUUACAAAAUUGUGCAAAUGGAAAAACUAAUAGGGAUGGUGUGCUGAAGUAGAUGACUACCAACAGGUUCACCUGCCCAGUAUGUCAGAGUGUAUAUAAGAUCCACACAAAAAGCACUGAUUAGUACAGCUAUGGGGAUCGUACUGUUGUUCUCUUUUAAAAAUGGUAUGAAGAGACAGAAGGAAAAACAGGAUAAUAAUUUGAUGACAUCAUGCUGAUGUCCCACAGAAAGCGUGAAGCAUUCAGCCAUAAACACCUAGCAUGGAAGCCUGCAGCAUCACAAAGCACAUUCUACUACAGCAGAAUGGUGCCUAAGAACAGCAAGACAAUAGCACUCAACUGAACCAAACAGAUACCUUGCAAUGCACACAAUACCAAUGUGAAGAAUCACCUUGCAAAAUAAACCUCUACUGCCUCCUUCACAUGGUGCUGCACCACUUUCAAGACAUCCUUUCCUUCAACACACCUGUCUGUGAUCUACGCUACACAAGCAGCAGUCUCAUUGACAUCAUAUUCAACCUUUCGAUUGCCUAAGGCUUGUGAAAAGAAGCUCCCAUUUACAGUAUUGUGACACAGAACUAACCACACAGGAUGCUCAAGUCCACAAUAUCUUCGUGCCUUAGCCAUUGCUUUUUUCUGGAUUUCCUGCCCAGCCUCACCUGUAGUGCAGGGAGCAGAGUGAAAAUCCCAUGCAAGGUCUUCCAGAGAACGGCUAUGAAUCCACAUCCAAAGAGGAGGAGCUUGUUCUUCUUGGCUAGCUGGGUACUUUGCAGUAUUGGCCAAUUCAUCAGUGUUUUUAUUUCUUCUGUAAACCUCUGUGCACUGCAAUUCAGAAAGGUCGCACAGUAUGGAAGGGCAUGUGUAAGAAACAGUUUGUGGCUGCUUUGGACCGAUCUGGCCAUUUCCUGAAACUGUGUAAAAGUAUUGCAAACCAAAGCUAAUUACAAAACUAUUUACCAAAUGAGUGUAUUUAAUAUUGUGUUACUGGAAGGAGUUGUUGGAAAUCAAGACAGUACAAAAAGGACCACGUGCCCUCGUGUGUCUUCUUGGCUGAAGAACAGCCUGGACCAGGAGAGCUGUCUCUGCAGACCUCAGUAGGGGUGACUAAACUUCUGAGGUCAAGUAGGGGAAGAACGAACAACUGGUUUUAAUAUUGCUGCAUGUUGUAUAAAAAAAUGUUAAGUUUUUUUAUAAGGUCACUAUUUAAAGCAUGAAUUUUCUAUUGUACAAAUGUUCACACAGUGCACUGGUAGGAUAGAACAAUCCUUCACAUGCUUGUUUUCUUUUACUUAAUUUUAAUAUGCAAAAAGUUAGAAGUCAUUCCAUUGAGGCUUUUUAAUAGCACUUGAAUACAGACUAGUUUUAGGUGCUACACUGCCAUGCGGUACAGGGCUUUUUAUCCUUAUUUAAAGGGAUGCUGUCAACUAUAUAUAUAUAUUAAAAAAACCACACUGUAAAUAAACACAAUGCCUUACCUCUGUGAUCAGCACUGCCAUACUUAAUUAAAAGACUCCCUGUGAUGUCACACUGA